AUAUUGUCUAAAGUCUCAUAUUCCAUCUCCGACGCCGGCAUCCGUCUUCCUCUCCAACGACACCUGAGUUGAAAUGUUGUUGUCACAGUGUCAUCUUCUUCACUCUAAAAUACCUAAUAUUGAAAAGAAUAAUCCCUUCCGUAACCAAUACCAAUUACAAUUCCAACCGAACAAAUUGACCUCUCCAUUAUUAUUAUCAUCAUCAUCUCCCAAAUUCAGAAUCAGAGCAAUGUCCUCCUCAUCUUCGCCUCCUCACCAACUCAAUCACUUCUCCGACGUCGCUAACAAAGCCGCCAACGCCGCUGGAGAUGUCAUCCGUAAAUAUUUCAGAAAAAAUAAUUUUGACAUUAUUCACAAAAACGAUCUCAGUCCUGUCACCAUUGCUGAUCAAUCCGCCGAGGAAGCUAUGGUUUCUGUCAUACUUGACAAUUUCCCUUCUCAUGCUGUUUACGGAGAAGAAAAAGGGUGGAGGUGUAAACAAGACAGUGCUGAUUAUGUUUGGGUAUUAGAUCCUAUUGAUGGAACUAAGAGCUUUAUCACUGGGAAACCCUUAUUUGGUACUCUCAUUGCUCUUUUGCAAAAUGGCACACCAAUCCUUGGCAUAAUUGACCAACCUGUGUUAAAAGAAAGAUGGAUUGGAAUAACUGGAAAGAGAACUACACUCAAUGGACAAGAAGUGUCCACACGCACUUGUGCGGACCUUUCUCAAGCAUAUUUGUACACUACAAGCCCACAUCUUUUUAGUGGAGAUGCAGAAGAGGCAUUUAUCCGUGUUAGAGACAAGGUUAAAAUUCCAUUAUAUGGUUGUGAUUGCUAUGCAUAUGCUCUCUUGUCUUCUGGUUUUGUGGAUCUUGUCGUUGAGUCCGGUCUGAAGCCAUACGAUUUUCUUGCAUUGAUACCUGUUAUUGAAGGCUCUGGAGGUGUCAUAACUGAUUGGAAAGGACAUCAACUCAGAUGGGAAGCUUCACCACUUUCAAUCGCAACAAGUUUUAAUGUUGUGGCGGCUGGUGACAAACAGAUUCAUCAACAGGCUCUAGAUUCAUUACAAUGGUAGUAUGGAUGUAACUCAAGUACAGUUCAAGUUGUAAUCUUCUCUAGAGGCCGUUUCCUAGUUCAGAUAAUCCUAAGGAAAUGUAUCAUGAUUCCAUUAUUCGGCAUUUAUUUAUCACAACAGUUCAAAUGGGGCACUGGCCCUUGUGAACAUUAUUUAUACUUGAAGUUCAUGUCACUAAAGAUAUUAAAUUUGAGAAGUACCUUUUGAGGCAAAA